AUGACGAAGAAGAGAAUCGAACCCAACCCAGCUAAGGUGAAGGCCAUCUUGGAAAUGCAGCCGCCCACCACCAUCCGGGAGGUCCAACAGCUGACCGGGAGACUGGCUGCCCUUAGCCGAUUCUUGUCUAAGUUGGCGGAAAUGGCGUUGCCUUUCUUCAGAACGCUAAAAAAGAUCAACGGGUUUACUUGGGACGAGGAAUGCCAAGCGGCGUUCAAAGAGUUGAAGGAGUACCUGAUGUCCCCGAUCGUCCUCUCCAAGCCGGAGCCGGGCGAAGACCUGGACAUCUAUCUUGCCGCCUCCGACCGGGCCGUAAGUGCUGUACUAUGCCGCACGGAUCUUGAGGGCAUACAACGACCGGUCUAUUAUGUCAGCCAUGCUCUCCAAGGCCCGCAACUCAGAUACUCCCGUUUGGAAAAGAUGGUCUUUGCCCUCUAUGCAGCUGCGAAGAAGCUCACCCCUUACUUCCAAGGGCGAGUCGUCCGCGUAUUAACCGACCAACCAAUUGGAGCUGUCCUCCGAACGGCCUCCUCCUCCGGACGCCUUGUCAAAUGGGCGAUGAUGCUAACACAGUUCGCGAUUGAGUACAGGCCCAGACCGGCCAUUAAGGGACAGGCGUUGGCUGAUUUUGUUGUGGAAUGCACUGCCCGUGAGGCCCCGACCGCAGACCAGACGGUCCAAGACGCCUCAUGGUGGGAAGCCGCUACCGACGGGUUAAGCAGCCGGAAAGGUUCAGGUGGAGGAGUUGCCAUCACAAGCCCCGAAGGAUUUAAGGUGUAUUACGCUCUGAUCUACCAGUUUUCUCCCACGAACAACGAGGCGGAGUAUGAAGCCUUUGUCGCGGGAUUGCAAUUUGCAAAGGACCUAGGAGCGGAAUACGUACAGGCCCGGACGGACUCGUCCCUAGUGGUGGGGCAGGUCUUAGGAGAUUUCGAAGUCAAUGGCGAACGUCGAGGGCGCUACCGAGAUUUGGCGAUCGAACGAUUGACCGUUUUCAAAGCAUACGCCGUGCGGCAUGUCCCCCGGCUGGACAACGCCGAUGCGGACAUCCUCUCAAAAUUAAGUGUGGAAGCACCAGAGCACAUCUCCCGGAUGGCCCGUGUCCUCUUCAUACCAUAUCUAUCCAUCGACCACCGCCAGGUCAUGCCGGUUCAACCGGUCGAGGAAAGUUGGAUCACUGACAUAAUGGGGUACCUAGAGGACGGUAGGCUCCCGCCUGACGAAACGAGAGCGCGAAAGGCGAAGCUUUGA